AUGUCAAGAGGCGCUUCUCCCGGUCUUCCAAUCUACAAUGCCGACUCUUCGUCGUUGCGCCCCGCCUCGCCCGCUCUGAACCUGUCUCCCGCAAAUUCGCGCCCUCCGUCCAGGCGGGCGCGCAGCAGCGCAGCUGGAUCGAACAUCACCUCAGCCUACUCGAUCCUGUCGCCCGAAGAAACCGCAACCCAGCUUUCCACCUCCCUGAAAUCUGGCCUAACGCCCUCCGAGGCGUUGGCGCGCAUCCACGACCAUGGCACCAACGAGCUGCCCCACGAGGAGCCCGAGCCGCUGUGGCUCCGCUUCCUCAAGCAGUUCCAGGAAACCCUGAUAUUGCUCUUGCUCGGCUCGGCGGGGGUUUCUUUCAUCAUGGGCAACUACGAGGACGCUGUCAGCAUCACGGCCGCCGUCACCAUAGUCGUCACUGUCGGCUUCGUCCAGGAAUACCGUUCGGAGAAGUCGCUGGAAGCCCUGAAUCAGCUGGUGCCGCACUCGGCGCAUGUGCUUCGCGGCACCUCGCUCAGCAUUCCGAAGCGGAGCCCAUCACCGGCGUUCAACAAGGAAAAUGGCAGCGCUGGAGCAUCGACAGACAGUUUGGAUACGGUCGCAGCCCUGGAGGCCGCAGAGGGAGCGUCGAGUACAAUCUCGGCUACUCAGCUCGUGCCGGGCGACCUGGUGCUCUUUCACACCGGCGAUCGUAUCCCCGCCGACAUUCGCAUCACCCACGCUGCAGACCUCUCCAUAGACGAGUCCAACCUGACUGGCGAAAAUGAGCCGGUUUCUAAGAGCCCUGAUACGCUUGACCGCGAGGCCAUGAGGAAGCCCCUCGAUGCGUCUCCGCGGACCCCGUUUUAUGCAUCCCCGGCUGCGGGCACCGUUGGCGCAGACAUUCGGUUAAACGAUCAGACCAACGUCGCCUUCAUGGGUACGCUGGUUCGCUCCGGAUAUGGCCAGGGCAUUGUCAUUGCUACCGGGCCCGACACUGAGUUUGGUGCCAUUUCUGCCUCUUUGCAAGAAAUCGAGAGCCCGCGGACGCCACUGCAGCUCUCCAUGGACCGCUUGGGCAAGGAUCUCAGCUACAUGUCAUUCUGUGUUAUUGGUUUCAUCAUGCUGGUCGGCCUUUGGCGAGGAUGGCAGUUCUUGGAGAUGUUCCAGAUCGGAGUGUCUCUCGCAGUCGCCGCCAUCCCCGAGGGUCUUCCAAUCAUUGUGACAGUCACUCUGGCUCUCGGUGUCUUACGGAUGUCAAAGAGAAAUGCCAUCGUGAGGAGACUACCUAGCGUGGAGACGCUGGGUUCGGUCAACGUGGUGUGUACUGACAAAACAGGCACGCUUACUACAAACCACAUGACGGUCACCAAGCUCUGGCACUUUGAUGACAAAGAGCCUAUGGACGUCCACCGUAAACAGGGGUCGGCCGCCCUCGACCCGGCGACGCGCACCGUCCUGCGCAUCGGCAACAUAGUCAACCAUGGCCGCCUCAUCAGCCCCGCUGCCGCCUCUAAUGCCACUGCUGCCGUCUUGUCGUCCACCAUGGGCGGUGACGAUGCCUCUGGCGCUAAGAGCCGCUGGGUCGGUCAGCCUACUGAUGUCGCACUUCUCGACCUCCUAGAUGAAUUUAGUGAAGAUGAUGUCCGCGAGCGCAUCGGCCAUCGCCGCAAUGAGACACCCUUUAGCUCCGAGCGUAAGUGGAUGGGCUGUGUAGUGCAAGGGAACCCCAACGCCGGCUCCAACUCUCAAGACAUGGCGUACAUCAAGGGCGCCUUGGAGAAGGUGCUGGCACGUUGUGACAUGUACAUCACGGCCCAGGGCCGUGAGGUACCCUUGGACGAGGCGCGGCGCCGCGAGGCCGUUGCCGCAGCAGAGAGCAUGGCCCAAGACGGGCUGCGCGUGCUGGGCUUCGCAAGCGGGCCGGUCAAGGAGUCGAAGAAGGGCAGCCUGCAUGCACCGCUGCGAGGCCGUAGUGGCAACUCCACGCCUUCGCCCGAGUCUGAGGAUCUGUACCAGGGCCUGACUUUCGCCGGCCUUGUCGGCAUGAACGACCCCCCGCGUAAGGGCGUCGACCGCAGCAUCCGUCGCCUGAUGGCGGGCGGCGUCAAGGUCAUCAUGAUCACGGGCGAUGCCGAGACCACGGCCGUCGCCAUCGGCAAGAAGCUAGGCAUGCCCAUCAACACGUCGUCCUCGGCGAUUGGGCCAUCUGUGCUCCGCGGCGACGAGCUGGACGCCAUGAGCGAAGAGGAACUCAGCCGCGCCAUCGCGACGACGACCGUCUUCGCGCGCACGAGCCCCGAGCACAAGAUGAAGAUUGUGCGGGCGCUGCAGGCGCGCGGCGACGUGGUAGCGAUGACAGGUGACGGAGUGAACGACGCGCCGGCGCUGAAGAAGGCAGAUAUCGGCAUCAGCAUGGGACGGCUAGGCACGGACGUGGCCAAGGAGGCCGCAGACAUGAUCCUCACCGACGACGACUUUAGCACGAUUCUGAGCGCCAUCGAGGAGGGCAAGGGCAUCUUCUACAACAUCCAGAACUUCCUGACGUUCCAGCUGUCGACGAGCGCCGCGGCGCUGAGCCUGGUGCUGCUGAGCACCUUCUGCGGCUUCAAGAACCCGCUGAACGCCAUGCAGAUUCUGUGGAUCAACAUCCUCAUGGACGGUCCACCAGCCCAAUCUCUCGGCGUCGAGCCCGUCGACCCAGCCGUCAUGUCGCGGCCCCCACGCAGCAAAACCGCGCGCGUACUCACGCAACCCCUCCUGCAGCGCGUGCUCACACAAGCGGGCGUAAUCAUGCUCGGGACGCUGUACAUCUACAUCCGGGAGAUGCAAGACGGCACCGUCACAGCGCGCGACACAACGAUGACGUUCACAGCCUUCGUCAUCUUCGACAUGUUCAACGCGCUCACGUGCCGCAGCGAGGGCAAGUCCGUGCUGCGCGGCGAGAUCAGCGUCUUCGGGAACCGCAUGUUCAAUUACGCCGUUGCGGGCAGUUUGGUCGGCCAGGCUGCCGUCGUCUAUCUCCCGGGCCUGCAGGGCGUGUUCCAGACUGAGGCGCUGGGGCUCACGGACUUGGUCGGCUUGGCUCUGGUUGCGAGUUCGGUGUUUUGGGUUGAUGAGGGAAGGAAGUGGUGGCGGAGGAGGGUGCAGCAGGGGGGAAGGGGAAUGGGCGUGAGGGGCUAUAGCGCUGCGGUGUAG